GUCAACAGUGUCCUGCAGUGGACAGGCAACCAAGUCGCGGAAGAUCCAGGCAACCCUAUUGUGCCUUAUGUGCACCCGCUUGAGAGCCGAAACAUGAACUACGCCGCUGCUACCACCUUCUUGGCCACAGCCUGGUUGACAUAUGACAACGCACCGCAACUGGCCGCGCUGAUCUUCAACAUUAUCCAGCCUGUGGGGUCUUUCCAGAACUUCUGUGACCACUGGUACAGGGCGCUGCCAAACGACGACCUGGCCCUAAUUGACGUUGUGAUCCGAGUUCAGUUCACAGAGAUCUGGAUUGACUUGGAGGAUGCUCAGAAGGUGUUUGACACACUCACUACCCUGUUCAAGAAUGACCUAUUUGCGGCCGGGAAUUUCGGCGUCGAGAUCUACCCCGGAAAAAAGUCGCCAUUUUGGAUGAGCAUGUCUUAUGGACGCGACGUUAUCCGCAUCGAUCCAUAUUGGUGGGAGUACAACGUCAUUGGCGAUCUGGAUGAGUACUUUGACAAGUUCUGGAAGGUGUUGCUGCCCUUCGAGAGUGCCCGCUUGCAUUGGGGCAAGCACUGGCCUGCUGUUGGUAAGACUUAUGGUAGUCGAACCAUUGGUCCAGGCUUUGUUGAGGAGUCGUAUCCAAAUUUUGGGGAUUGGAAGGCCUUACGUGCUCAAUUUGAUCCUAAGAAUGUCUUUGUCACCAAGUAUUGGAAUGAUUUGCUCGGUCUUGAAGCGGAAUAAUUAAUUUGUGCUUUGACAGGAAACUUACCACAGGCAGGAGGGGUUUUGGAAUAUGUGAGCAAGACCCUCCAAAUUAUGUCCUAAUUCUUCGGGAGAAAUCUGCAAUCCAUUUUUCAGUUGGGUAAUGGUUGAAAGUCUAGUUUCCUGAGUAUCUGGCUUGCAGGUGCCUUUUCCUUAGUUAUUAG